UCUAUCCUUUUCCUCUGUCAUCAUUUUGGUUUUUUACUGUCAAUUGUCCAUUUGACAUACAUUUCACAACUCCCUCCCUCACUCCCAUCACCAUUAUUUUCAACCCCUUUAGUUUCCUUCUCUCUACCCCUAUUGGUGGACGAGGGAAAGGUGUUUUGGUGUAGAACAAAGUAUCCCAAGUAUACAAGAUGGAGAUAACUAAUGUUUCUGAGUAUGAGGCCAUAGCAAAGGAGAAGCUGCCCAAGAUGAUUUUUGACUACUAUGCUUCAGGUGCAGAGGAUCAGUGGACUCUUAAGGAGAAUCGAAAUGCAUUCUCUAGGAUUUUGUUCCGUCCUCGCAUUCUCAUUGAUGUAAGCAAGAUUGACAUGACUACAACUGUAUUGGGAUUCAAGAUUUCAAUGCCAAUUAUGAUUGCCCCAACAGCCAUGCAAAAAAUGGCUCACCCUGAAGGGGAGUGUGCAACUGCAAGGGCAGCUUCAGCUGCAGGAACAAUAAUGACACUAUCCUCAUGGACUACUUCCAGUGUUGAGGAAGUUGCUUCAACAGGACCUGGCAUUCGGUUUUUCCAGCUCUAUGUGUACAAAGACAGGAAUGUGGUUGUACAGCUCGUACGGAGAGCAGAAAGGGCAGGUUUCAAGGCAAUUGUCCUUACUGUGGAUACUCCAAGGCUAGGUCGCAGAGAGGCUGAUAUCAAAAACAGAUUUACCCUGCCACCAUAUUUGACUCUGAAGAACUUUGAGGGCUUGGAUCUUGGCAAAAUGGAUAGGAUCAAUGACCCUGGACUGGCUUCAUAUGCUGCUAGCCAAAAUGACCAAUCACUUAGCUGGAAAGAUGUGAAGUGGCUUCAGACAAUCACCUCAUUGCCAAUUCUAGUGAAGGGUGUCAUUACUGCUGAGGAUGCAAGGCUAGCCAUCCAAGCUGGAGCUGCAGGAAUCAUUGUGUCCAACCAUGGAGCUCGCCAGCUUGAUUAUGUGCCGGCAACUAUUAUGGCUUUGGAAGAGGUUGUUAAAGCAGCGCAAGGCAGAGUUCCUGUUUUCCUUGAUGGUGGUGUUCGGCGUGGAACAGAUGUCUUCAAGGCAUUAGCUUUGGGAGCAUCUGGAAUAUUUAUUGGCAGGCCUGUAGUGUUCUCAUUAGCUGCUGAAGGCGAGGCUGGUGUUAGGAAAGUUCUGCAGAUGCUUCGCGAUGAAUUCGAGCUUACCAUGGCAUUAAGUGGAUGCCGCUCCCUUAAGGAGAUUACUCGUAACCACAUUGUGACUGAUUGGGAUCCUCCUCGUGCUGCAGGUGCCUUAGCCAGGUUAUAAGGCAGGUUUUAUUCCCUUUUAUUAGAAAAUGAAAAAACCUUUCAACAGACUAUCUGCUACUAGAAUAACCACCAUGGUCUGUGUAUCAAUAUUUGGAAUAAUUUAGGUCAUGUAAUGACAAGGAAUUCUAUUUUUCAUUUACGGCUGCUCUUUUAACUUGUGUCUUGUAUUUAGCUACACUUCGUUAUUAAUCUUGGUUUGCGUAAAAGAGAGCUUAAAUGCUCCAAUCUCCAUUAGUACCACUUGUUUUGGGCACCGUGUUUAUGGGAUUCAGUUAAUAAAACAUGUUUUAUCCC